AUGAAACGAUUGGACAUUCUAUCUGAGAAAAUCGAGAAUGAAAUUGCCCAAAAAAUCAUUCGUAGUUCACAGCAAUCCGAUUCGGGGCGGUCAGCUUUGUCUAACAUUAAGUGUACGUCAAAUUAUCGAAUCAGUAUUCUAGACUGCGCCGGAAUAUUACGUCCGGAACGUGAAACAGUCAUCCUAGUAUAUCGUCAUAAUUGUGAAAUUAACGCGACGUUUACGGAACCAUCCGGAGUUGCGGUAAAUGCACAAAAUGACAUUAUCGUUGCGGACACUAACAAUCAUCGUAUCCAGGUAUUCGAUAAGGAAGGUCGUUUCAAAUUUCAGUUUGGGGAAUGUGGUAAGCGUGAUGGCCAGCUGCUUUAUCCCAACCGAUUUGUGCGGCGUAUUGUCCAGUUGAAGGGUGAGUCUGUUCUGAAAACAUUUAUUUGUGUGGCGGUAAAUCGUCUUACCGGCGAUUUUAUCGUAACGGAACGUUCGCCAACACAUCAGAUACAAAUUUAUAAUCAAUACGGACAAUUCUUGCGCAAAUUUGGAGCAAACAUUUUGCAGCAUCCUCGUGGUGUUUGCGUUGAUAGUAAAGGACGCAUUAUUGUAAUCGAAUAUCAAUCGACCGGGAUUGGCACCACCAACACCACCAUCACUCAAAACCAAACCAAUUGUUAA